AUGGCACGAAUCGAACUAGCACCACGACCCAAAGUGGCACGGGGAAACCUCAUUCCCAAGAUGGCGCCCGUUGUAACACAAUCCCUAGCUCCAAAGCCAAGGAAAUCCUCCAAGAGAGGUAACAAACGUAGAAGGGGUAAGACUUUAAUCACAAAGGCAGUCGAGAAACUCGCUGCCGUUCUCAAGAGGCCACGGUCUACGAAUAUUGAAAAGGCCGAGGCCUGUUUCAAAGUUACGUAUGCAAAGAUGAAAGCAUACGAACAGGAAGAAGAGGGCAGAGGAAAAUGGAACGCCGCUGCUGCAAGGAAACUCGAAGCUCGACUUGGCAAGACUUUCCAUGAGGAUAAAAUGAAUGAAUAUCUUGAAGCUGCCAAAGAAGAGUGUAGAGGGGCGUCUGAUAUCUACUGCGGAGUUCCUAAUCUGCCAGAAUUCCUUCGAACGGAAUUUUGGACCAUAGUGGAAUACUGGAAUCAAUACCCUGGCGGCAGAGAGGGUACAUUUAUUGUUUACAAGUAUGAUAUGCCAGAUGGUGGUAUCAGAUUUGCGUUAAGAGAUGGAACUCAAGUAAAGACUGGGCGCUCAGAUGACGUCGGUCUUUAUGACAAAGGGGGUAAUAUGCGAUAG